UUGAGUAUAACAAUAAAGUAGGAAGAAGGACUCAUGAGUUUAUCCCUGCAUUCAGAAUUCUGAGAGAGAAGCUGAGCAGCAAUGGAGAUCUCAACCACUCUCUCACUUAAAUCAAUUCCAGUCACUUCAUCGUCUUCUUCAAUCCUAUCAUCUUCUAAAUCACUGGUUUUCAAUAAUGGUGGAAGAAGUAAUUUCAUGAAUAUGAAGAAUAAUUGCUUGGUUCUAAACAGAAGUAGUAAAGGAUUCAAUUGUAAAUCUAUGUUUGGUCUUGGUGUACCAGAAAUUGUUGUUAUUGCUGGUGUUGCUACUUUACUCUUUGGGCCUAAGAAAUUACCUGAGAUUGGUAGGAGUUUUGGACAAACUUUUAAGAGCUUUCAACAGGCUGCAAAGGAGUUCGAGACAGAGUUAAAAAAGGAACCCGAGCCAGUUAUGCAGACGAUCGAGGAGAAAGCAGCAUCAGUGGGCGAUGAGCAGGAAAAUAGUGGUGUCAAGGUCACAAGCACGAUGGAGAACUAAUCAGAGUGGACUCUUGGGUCCUGACACCUACUCUAUUCUUCCAUAUAUGAUGAUUUUGUUGUUCUAUGGAAGUUUCUAGAAAUAGCGGUAGUAUACUCUUAUUUUAGUAGAUCAACAAUGUAUUACUAUUUAAUUACAUCUCCACGUUUGUUUAUCUUCAACUACGUUUGUUUAUCUUCAACUACUAGGCACCCAAAACAUCAAAAAAAUUCUAUUAAUAAGUUUGUCAUGGAAGGUUGAAAUUCCACUGUUUACCUUAUUUUUCUCCAA